AUGAAUACCUCAAUAUCGUCGACGUUCCUCCGGCGCGUCUCGAAUGGCUCGGCGCCCUGGACAUGCACAUCAUGUCGUAAUUCCUUAUACAGCAAGGCCACCAAGCAGUUAGCUUUACGUCGGCAACUCGGCUCGGGCAAGAGACUUCAGUCUAGCAGCUCGACGAGACGGCCUACGCAGUCCAGAAGAAACCUUGUCUUGUACGCCGGCGGAGGGGCCGCCGGAGUUGGUCUCUUGAGUGUGGCCGACGACAUAAAAGGCACAUACGAAGGCGCAGAACGGGCAGGAAGAGUGGCUUCCGCCUUGUUCAUCUGUAUAAACGACUACCGGACAACAUUGAACCAGCGGGAUCAGACCCAAGAUGAGGAGGAGAAGAACUCGUUGCUGAAGAGCUGCCACAAGAGAAGUGCCGAAAGAACCCUCAAGGUUCUGGAAAAGAAUGGCGGAAUAUUCAUCAAGCUGGGACAGCACUUGAGUGCCAUGAACUACCUACUACCCAGCGAGUGGACGACGACAUUCAUACCGUUACAGGACAAGUGCCCGGUGUCCUCCGUCGAGUCGAUCGAAGAAAUGUUCAAGAGGGACACCGGAGAAGAGCUGUCAGACUACUUUUCCGACUUUUCCCGCGAGCCGAUCGGUGCUGCUUCAUUAGCCCAAGUGCACCUGGCCACGAUCAACGAGACAGGCCAGAAGGUCGCGGUCAAAGUGCAACACCCAUCCCUGGCAAGCUGGGCUCCUCUCGACUUGGCCCUGACGAGAUUUACUUUCUCAACACUGAAGAAGUUCUUUCCGGAAUACGAUCUAGAAUGGUUAUCCAAGGAGAUGGACGCGUCACUGCCGCAGGAGCUCGACUUUCAAUGCGAGGCCGAGAACGCCAUGCGUACAAAGGCUUACUUUGCGAAGUACCCGCAUCUACCGCUCGUCAUCCCUUCGGUCAUUUGGGCUAAGAAGCGAAUCCUCGUCAUGGCAUGCGAAUCGGGCCACCGAUUGGACGAUUUGGAAUAUCUUGACUCCCAAGGCAUCGAUCGCGAUGAGGUGUCGGCGACCCUAGCCCACAUAUUCAACGAGAUGAUCUUCGGCGAAGGCGCACCACUUCACUGUGACCCGCACGGCGGCAACAUCUCCAUUCGCAAGAAUGUUUCGCGACGGUACGGCGCCAACUUCGAUGUCAUCCUAUACGAUCAUGGACUCUACCGCGACAUCGAAACUAGCAUGCGCCGCUCAUACGCCAAGAUGUGGCUGGCUCUCUUGGACGGCGACAUGGAACGCAUGAAGAAGCACACCAAGGAAGUGGCCGGCAUUACGGACGAGCAGUUCCCGCUGUUCGCCUCCGCCAUCACGGGCCGCGACUUCACGGUGGUGCAAUCGUCCAUCAUGAAGCCCAAGUCGCCAGACGAGCAGAAGACCAUGUCCGGCGCCCUGCAGGAGGGCCUGCUCGAGGACCUGAUCCAGCUGCUGGGACAGGUGCCGAGGAUCAUCCUCCUGAUUCUCAAGACGAACGACCUCACCCGCAGCCUCGACGAGAGCCUGCACACGCGGCAGGGCCCGAUCAGGAACUUCCUGAUUCUGGCGAGGUACUGCAUGAGGACGGUUUUCAACGAGCAGCUCGAGCAAAUCAGGCAGCAUGGGUCUUACUUCUGGCCACCCAAUGCGCUGAGGCUCGUCGCUGCGUCGCUCGGCUUUCUUCGCGUGGAGGUCAAGCUGAAGGCGUUCGAGCUCUGGCUCACACUGAAGAGGUUGGCAGGAUGGAACACGACGAACAUGAUGGGCCUGUGA